AUUUUAAUUGCCAAUUUCGAAACAAUGUCUGACUAUUUAAUGGUUGCAUCUAUCGAUUUUGGCACAGCCUAUUCUGGGUAUGCAUUUUCUUUGACGACUGAUUUCAAACGUGAUCCGCUACUCAUUCAUUCUAACCAGAACUGGAAUGCGGGUAAUGCACAGCUAAUGUCUCUGAAGACACCUACAUGUAUUCUUCUCGAUAAAGACAGAGAGAUCAAAUCCUUUGGAUAUGAAGCAGAAAGUGAAUAUUCACAAUUGGCAGAAGAAGGCACUGACAAACAAGAGGAUUAUUACUUCUUUUAUCGUUUCAAAAUGAUACUUUAUGACAAUGAGAAACUAAAGCAUCAAAUACUUAAUGAUGUGACAGGAAAAACUCUUGCUGCUUCAGAAGUAUUUGCAAAAUUUAUCAAAGCACUAAAAGGUCAUUUAUUGACUCAAUUUAUUGACAGGGGCAAAGCCAUAGAGCCACAUGAAAUACGUUGGGUAUUAACUGUUCCAACGAUAUGGACGGAUGCAUCUAAACAGUUUAUGCGGGAAUGUGCACAUCAGGCUGGUAUAGAUGAUAACAAGCUUGUGAUUGCCUUGGAACCGGAGGCAGCCUCAAUUUUCUGUCUCUUUCAAGAAAAUUCACGAGCAUCAAAUGAAAGAAGUUUGCUUAAUCGAACAGGACAGAAAUAUAUGAUCAUUGAUUUAGGAGGGGGUACAGCUGAUAUAACAAUCCACGAGAGACUACCAGAAGGUGUUGAUUGUGAAUAUCCAUCUUUGAAAGAGCUACACCAUGCCAUCGGUGAUGACUGUGGUGGCACACAAGUAGAUAACGCCUUUAUGGAAGUUCUGAGAGAAAUUCUUGGACAGAAGUUGGUAAAACUGAUGAAAAAGAAACAGCCAUCCACCUACCUGGAGCUUCUAAGAGAAUUUGAAACGGUUAAAAGAAGAGAAAUAAAACAAAAGAAUUACAUACGAAUUCCCUUUGUUACAAUUAAUGAGCUAAUAGAGGAACUAGGACAAGAUGAUAUAGAUAAUAAGAUCAAGAUGUCUAAAUAUAAAAAUCAAAUAAAACGCAAUAGAGAAAAAUUUUGUAUUGAUGCUGAGUUAAUGAAAUCGUUCUUUGGUCCGACAACAGACAGAAUUGUAUCUUUAGUGAAAGAAACGAGUAAAAUUAAGGCGAUAAGAGAUGUUUCCCUUUUUGUGUUAGUUGGUGGGUUUUCUGAAUGUAAGCAUGUGAUUCGUGCUCUCAAAGAAGCAUUACCUAACAAAACCUUUAUUAUACCUGAUGAUCCAGGUUUAUCUGUUCUAAAGGGAGCUGUAAUAUUUGGUCAUAAAAGUAUUAUUGAAUCAAGAGUCAUGAUGAAUUCAUACGGAACAAAAGUGUUUGAACCGUUCGACCCAGAUGUGCAUGAGAUGUCUAGGAGGAAGAGAGCUGGAGGUCGGUUUAUAUGUCCAAAGAUAUUUGAUUUCAUAGUCAAGAAAAACGAAUCAGUUCCAGUAGGUACAACCAUUAAAAGAGAAUAUUUGACGGAUGAACCUCAGCAAUGCUAUAUGGACCUUACUAUGUACAAAUCGGACUCCGAAUAUACCGAAUACACAGACGAAGAAGGUUGUUAUCGAGUUUGUAAAGCGACGAUAGACAUACCAAACCCAUCAGACGAACAACGGACUGUUGAGGUUGAAUAUUUCUUUGGUGAUACGGAGAUAAGAAUGACAGCAGUCGAAACAGACAGUGGAGAAUCCUGUAAUACUGUUUUGAAAUUCAUUUAGUUUGUUUCAAAGUUUCAUUUAUUGCACGUGCAACCUUUUACAGAUUGUGAAAUAUACAUGUUGUUCUUGUUCAAGCCAAGUCUGAAGUUAUAAAGAAUAUAUUACAAAAAAUCCGAGCUCGGGAGAAAAUUCGACAGGAAUGUUACUUAAAAAAUGACAAAACCAAAAGCUUAAACAUAUCAUGCAAAUGUAUAGCAAAAAUGUUCAAUACAAGUAGUUGACUUA